AGUCAUAGUGAAGAAUUGCCUCUGUUUAGUAAAUAACUCUUUUUCUUCGAAACAGAGAAAUUAUGAAUCGAAAAGAAGAUUAUGAUUCAUAUGAGAUUGAAGAACCAAGUGAUGAAGAGAGAGCUGCCAGCAGUUCUGAGGAUGAGCUGGAUAUUCUUCUUAAUGGAACUUCAGAUCAGAAGAAAAAGCUCAUCCGAGAAUACCUGACUGGAGAAAGCGAGUCAUCCAGUGGGGAUGAGUUUGAAAAGGAGAUGGAGGCAGAACUAAGCAGCACCAUUAAAACUAUGGAGUGCAGCUGGAACAUUCCUUCCACACAAGAUGAGGGGUCCAGGAUUAUUGGCAAUACACAGAACGUAGCAGGAAGUCAGCAUUCUCGGCAGUAUGAUGACAUAUACUUUGACUCGGAUUCUGAUGAUGAUGAUCAAGCUGGUGCUUCUAGGAGCCAGAGAAGAAAGCAGCGUACUAUUCCUACAAAUGAUGAGCUAUUGUAUGACCCAGAUGAAGAUGAUCGAGAUCAGGCUUGGGUUGAUGCCAAGAGAAAAGAGUACAGGAGUCAGAGAGGGCCAGCAACAUCUGCACAGAAAAAAAAACAGUCUCAGCCUCUUCCGAACAGUGAUGCCGUUCUUAAUUGUCCAGCAUGUAUGACCACACUGUGUCUAGAUUGUCAGAGACAUGUAAAGUAUAGGGGACAGUAUCGGGCCAUGUUUGUGAUGAACUGCACUGUGAAUAAGACUGAAGUGCUGAGGUACAAAGCAAAACAAAGAAACCAGCGCCGAAAGAAAAGUCGCCAUGGCUCUACAGCCACAACAACAGAAAUGGGGACUAAAACUGAGGCAGAAUCAGAGGCAGAGACAGGCCUGACUGACUCCAGACUGGGUGGGAUGGAUGAGCAAGAGAUUUAUCAUCCUGUUACUUGUACAGAGUGCUCUACUGAAGUGGCUGUAUAUGAUAAAGAUGAGGUUUAUCACUUCUUCAACAUCCUAGCAAGCUAUUGCUGAGGAGAUCACCCAGUCAUUGGGAAUUCUCAAAUUCAAAUUCCCAUUUAUUGGGAAAUGGUUAUUAAUUGCCUUGUGUACUCAUGCACAAUAAUGUAAAAUAGUGUACAAAUUAUUUUGUUUUCAUAGUUUUAAGAAAUGUGUAAUGCUCCUUUUUAUUUUUACUGAAGUGAUGCAGAACAGACAUUUUGUCAUUAGCUGUAACAUGUACAAGAUUGUUUUUUCACACAAACUUAAGUUCAUUGUUUUCUGCAUUGUUUAAAUAAAUAUUUUUGAGACUUUUA